GUCAAAUAGGUUUGCUUUGUUUACAAAACAACGCGUAAUACCAUUUCAGUGUAGAAAUUUACAAUUAACAAAGAACAUUUCGCUUAACUUAUUGCUUUCACAAUGGCAAAACCGGGUGAACGAGCCUUGCAGGCUAUCAAGGAACAGGGUAAAGCAGUAGCAGUAUUCAAAACACCGAUCGUUCCAAAGGCUAAAGCGAAAGAUAAAAUCAUUCUCAACGAGGAGGAAUAUCUACAGGAAAUGGGUAAGAUCAUACAGCGUGAUUUUUUCCCGGAUUUGCAGAAGCUAAAGGCACAGAACGAGUAUCUGGACGCCCUCGCCUGCAAUGAUGUUUGCAAAAUGAGACAGAUCUUUUCAAAGUACAGCUCCAAGAGGCCAAAUUCAUCUCGAGCAGCCAGUCCCGCCACAUUCGAAACGCCCUUACCGAAUGCGUCACCAGCCAGCGAAGUUCCUCCCUCGAUCCGGUCGACCUCCAGCGUGGGUUCAAACAAAUCAACCAAAACACUCGGUGAUAAGCAUUCACUUGACAGCUUCCUGCAGGCGUAUACCAGCGAAGACAAUGACAGCUUUCAGGAGAUUAUCGAAUCGGCCGACCGGAAGUUGCGUCAAAAGUUUUCCGUGCUCUACCAGGCCGAAGGAACAUCCGCCAUCGAAAUGGGUCAGGCGCUGGCUCUACCGAGCAUCGAGCAGCAGUUUAAUCAACAGGAGCGCCCAAAGCAGCUCGAUAUGUGGCGGUACACGAACAAAAACUACAUCAUGUACACCCCGGACGGUGUCGAGCUGACGAAGGAAGAGCAGCUAGAGAUGGCGAAACGGAAGCAGGAAAUCAAUCACAGCAGCACCCGGCUCCACUACAACCCGUUCAACGAACAGGACAGCCGGCAGGCGAUUGUGGAAGCGGCCAAAACGCAGGCCAAACAUUUGCCGGAAAAAAUCGGUGUCGAUGGUCGGGUGGUGGAUCAAUCCGCCGGCGAUACACCGCAGGUGCGUGGCUUCGGAUUCGUCAAGAGUCCCUCACCCUGCCCGGGCGUAACGGACAGUCCGCUGUUUACGUGGGGUGAAAUCGAGGGCACCCCGUUCCGGUUGGAUGGUGGCGACACACCGUUACACCCAUCGGCCGGUGGCCCAUCGUUCCGCAUAGUGGAAACAUCGAAGCGGGAAAAUUUAGCCCUCCAGCUGGCGGAAAAGGCAGCGGAAAAAUCGCGCGAAAAGAAAGCAAAAGCGAUCGAAGCGGCCCGCCGGAACAUAGCGUCACCGUCGGUGCGCAGUUCGUUCGAUCGGCUUGCCAGCAUGUCACCGGCCGCUCGACGGUUGGCUACCAAUAAGCUGGGCUUUUUGAGCACACCCAGCCCGCUCGUAUCACCGGCCAUCGGAUCGACUGGACUUAAAACGCCCGUAAUGAAACCGGCCAGCGGACGGAGUGGUGCUAGUGGCAGCAAGACCAAGCACCGGCAUGUGACACCAUCUCCGGGAGCGAUUGUACGUCGGAAGACACCGCUCGUGGGAGCGAAGGGCGGCAGCUCGACGGCGGAUUUGACGGACGAUCUGCUGGACAUACCCACCGGAGGCAAGCGCCCAAAAGCGGCCGAUUUCUUUUGAAUCUAUAGCGGAACUGAAGGUAGCAGAGUAGCAAAUAUAAUUCAUAUUUUUAAUGUGGUUAAAAAUGGACCAAAACUAAAACGGUUACAGUAGUCUUCUGACAGACAGCGGCUUUAUUUGUAUCUUUUCUUAGGGUCUUUUGCUUACUAUUAGUCUAAGGAACACACUGAACACUGUAAAACCGAUUUUUACAACAGCUUU